AGCUGCUCAGCUCAUUUCGCUCCCUGUCCCAUCUAGAGGGGCAAUUGUGCAUCUUUGUCUGGCCGGGUAGAGAGUUAAUCCUCCAUUUCUGCUGCUGGUUAAACAUGGGGUGUCACCUGAGGCCCCCAAAGCACUGGGCUUAGGAGGUCCGCUUCCUAACAGCACUAAGUGUGGUAUUAAGAUGAAGGCAAAAUUACUUUGUAUGGUUUUCAGGAGUGUUGUGCAUUCUAAUUCAUAAAAAAAAAGUGUAAUUAUGAAUACGUGUUCUGUUUCUGUAUGCUCUCAUAUACAUUUGGAGCGUCAACAUUAGAUUCAGAAGCGAUGGCGAGGCUACAAGGUUCGGAAAUACGGCUUCAAUUAUUAUUAUUUCAAGGAAUAUCUGAGGGCGAUUUCAGAGACCAAUGACGCAGUUAGGGAGGCCCUGGACGACUUUGCAGAUAUGAGAGAGAGAGAGGAGAAGAAAGCUGACCUCGAGAGGGAGGAGAAGAAGAGAGAUUACGCAGCCCGAAAGAUGCAUUACCUUCUCAGCACAAAGCAGAUCCCAGGCGUAUACAACUCGCCCUUCAGAAAGGAGCCCGACCCCAGGGAACUACGGCUGCAGACGGCGAAGCCUUUGACGCGUCCGAGACCCAAAGCCCAGCAGAAGCCGCCCCACAGCCUCAGCAGCUGGCUGGCCUGCACCAGCGCCCGGUCCUUCCCUCGCUCCCACACCCUGCCGCCCAUCGACCGGAAGCAGUGCCAGGGGCCCUUCCGUGACGUCAGUGACGUAUUGAAGCAGCGCUACAAGCCCUUGGAGCCCACGUUGCGGGUGGCGGAGCCAAUCAAUACGUUGAAAGAGGCCAGAAGUGAGUUCAGAAGAUUGGAAUUGUCACGGAACGUUCAGGAGAACAUGUUUUUGCCGUUCUCUUCCUACCAUAAGAAAGAAAGGUACGUUCCAUCAAUUCAUUUAUCAAGCAAGUAUGGUCCUGACGCUUAUGGAUCUCACCGUUUCAGAGAUGAAAGCCCUAACAAGUGGAUCGGUGGCAAGGAUUUCCAAACUAUAUUGCCAUCAUUCGAUCUCUUCUCCAAGUACGGAAAGUCAUAUUCAAAAGCUGGGCAGAUUUUAUAAAGACAAUAAAAGAAGACAAAGUGUAAAAUGAGGUUCAGGUGUGACGUGGUUGUGGAGUAGAAGACGCCACUGCCUGGCUGAGUCACCUGGACACAGUGUGUCAGCCUUUGAAAUCUCUGUCUCUCUGUCUCUUUCCCUCCCUCCCUCCCUCCCUCCCUCUCUCUCUUUUUCAUCUGUUCAAAGAAGAAAUGGGAACCCUCUAUUCAUUCAAAAACUCUCCAGUUCUUAAAGGAAAAUGCACAUGAGGAUCCUACAGAAACCGCAACGUAAACCAUACUUCUUAAGAUUCAAUAAACUCUAGUAUUUUACAGAUGACUAGUUUCA